AUGGGUGCCGACGACGUCGUCACGAGAGAAUACACCAUCAACUUGGGCAAAGCGACGCACGGAGUGACUUUUAAGAAGAGAGCUCCGCGCGCGGUGAAAGCGAUCAAAACGUUCGCGCAAAAGAUGAUGAAAACGUCCGACGUCCGCGUGGACGUGAAAUUAAACAAAGCCGUUUGGUCCAAAGGCAUUCGCAACGUCCCGAAGCGCAUUCGCGUCCAAAUCUCUCGACGAAGAAACGACAACGAAGACGCCGACGAGGAGAUGUACUCGUACGUGACGGUGUGCGAAGACGUCCAGAAAGGGGAUUUCAAAGGGUUGGGGACGAAAGUGAUCACCGAAUAA